AUGGACGUCGUGAAGGCCCAGCAGAUCUCCGCUACCCCGGUGGAGAGAGUCGUCGUGCACCCCCUCGUCCUCCUCAGCAUCGUCGAUCAUUAUAAUCGCGUCGCCCGGGACACUCGCAAGCGCGUCGUCGGCGUGCUCCUCGGCAGCUCCUCCAGGGGAACCGUCGACGUCACCAACAGCUACGCGGGUGCGUAUCCUCCUGACUCUCUUUGCCCACGGUUCGGACAGGAAAGAGAUUUUCAGAUCGAAUGGGCGGCACAGCCUCACAUCCUGCACGAUCGUGAUUAGGGUUUAGUCUGACGGAGUCCUCCAUACAAAUCAAACCCCCUUCGGUACGGUCGACGGAUCAGUUUUUGUAGGUCUCCUUUCCCCCCUCGACCCCGGGGACUUGUUUCCGUUCAGCUUUGGGGCACAUCGCAAGAAUAUUGGGCGUCUGAUUUAUAGAUUUGGACACUUGUACUGGGAUGUUCAGAAUUGUUCGAGGCUAGUUUUUGGGAGCCAAUUGGAAUUGAAAGUGGAUGAUUAUUGGUCGUGAUUACCUGGCCGUAGGAGAUCACAGGUUGAUGGGUAUUAGGGUUCAGUUGUCCGGGAUUUGGGUCUUCCCAAGCUCCUACUCUAGAUAAUGAGAAGUUGACCCACCCUUCUUCUGCUAUCCUUUGGAUGUUCUCGUCUUUUCAUGUAAAUCAGGAGGCCUUGCCUGUUCUGAACCUUGCCUUUGCAUGUACAGUAUUUCGCGAAUUGGGAAGUUACCCCCAAAUAUCCUUUCGAACCAUUUUUCCGCCGGUGGUAGCAUUUUUUUUUGUUGGGUACUAUUCGCUUGAGCUUCUUGUUGACCGUUAUUUCCCAUUAAAAGUUUGUCAAAGAUGAGAGAAAGAGGAAAAUUUUCCGUUCAUUGAAUUUAUUAUUUACGUGCAGAUCAGAAGUCACAGAAAUGCGCAAAUGCUUGUAAUAUACAAGAGUGUGAAUCAUGAGCUCUACAAAAAACAUCUAUACAGCGAUGUGUCUCACUAAAGGUUCGGCAUAUGAAAAAUCUAAAAACCCAAUGAUACCAAACUAACUGGCCCCACCUUCCUUGCUCCACACCGUUCUUAUCUGAUCUUUCACCCUGUCGUAAACCAACUUAAAAAGCCUUUAUGCAUUUGGUACUUUCCCUGUUGAAAUUGUCUCUUUCUCAUUGUCUAAAUAGCCCAGAGAGUUAAACUACUCAAUCCCGUGAUCGACAUUCUUUUUAUAAUGUAUAUUCCACCUGUGCCGAAACUGAUUUAGGCAACUGAGGUACUCCUUUGUAUACUUACUUUAAUAAACAACGAUUUCCGAAUCUUCUUGGAGAAGAAGCAUCAGGUUUCCCAAAGUUUAUUCUUCCUCCUCACACAUACUACAAAUGCUGUGAAUAAUGUAUUACAACAAGUUUGUUUUGUACAUAAAUACUCCAUGCGGAGAUAAUUACUCUAAAGGAGAAAGGGGUUUCAAAAUCCCAUUUACUAUUUGGUAUCUAAUCCCUUGAUUUGAGAUAGUGCUAUGAGUUGGCUUGACUGAAAGGCUCCCUCCAUGUCAUUGUCUCCUAUGCCAGAUUUUUAUAUCAGCUCUUCUUAUUUAUUCCUUUACAGGUAGAGGAACAAGAUCUUCUUGUAGUUGAAUCUGUUCCUUGGGUGAACAAGAUCUUUUAGUCGUUGAUUCUCUUCCUUGAGGAUUAUCUUAAACCUUGAAAACCACAUUCCUCGCUGUUGUAUUUUCAGAAGGUUGUGCAGUGGUAAUGUUGGGAUCUUUGCUUGUCUUCAAGAGAUUUGCAAUAUCAGAUGCCUCACACUAAUCAACCUAGAAUUUUUUUUGCUCAUUCUUUAGAUGUUCUCUGGACGAUUCUGAGGUGGUGGAGUAUGAAUUAUUCUUUUUUCUCAUUCUCAAUGGGAACACUCGCUCGAUUUUUCUGUACUCUAUUCUAAUGAGACUUUAAGUUUGGUUAAGAAUCUUUAACUUCCUCAAGUAAAGAAGAUACAUUUUUUUUUUCUGAUGACGAACGUCUUUCUGCCUAAACUGCAGUGCCUUUUGAGGAAGAUGACAAGGAUCCUAGCAUUUGGUUUCUUGAUCAUAAUUAUCAUGAGUCAAUGUUUUCAAUGUUCAAAAGGAUAAACGGUGCUCUUCUAUUCCCCUUCCUUUUGUAUUUCUUGCCAGUAUGCAUGAUUAUCACACAACUUUUUGUAUUUCUAAAUGCUGAGUUUGAAUUUUCCAUGAUUUUCAGCCAAGGAGCAUGUUGUUGGUUGGUACAGUACUGGUCCAAAGUUGCGAGAGAAUGAUCUGGAUGUUCAUGCUUUGUUUCAUGAGUAAGUUCUUUAAAGGAUUUCAAAAUUUUUGAUGUUCGUUAAUAUAAAAUAGACAAUGAAAUGCUCGAUAUUCAUGCAUGAAAUGUCCUUUGAAGAAGAUGUGAGUGAUCCUGCAUAUUCCCUGUAAAAAGUGACGUUUAAACUGUAUUUGGAGAUUACCUCCCCUUGCUUCCAUCUUACCUUUUCGUUUUCCUUUCCCAAAAUUGGAUGGUGCUGACAUUAAGUCAGAAAAGGGUAGAGAUAUAGUUAGGAUUUAUUUACAAAUAAUUCCACUGUUAGAUAGCCUUAUAUACCAACCAGAAAGCAGGUCGAUAUGCUUUGAGAGUUACAACUGUUCGCAUGGUACACAUCUUAGUUGGAAUAAUCUAGAGUUCAACAUUUGUUGUAGUCUGUCAUCAGCCGCAGAAAAGUAUAACAAUACAAAACCAGAUAUAAGACACAGCCAGCAGAAACUGCGAAGUCAAAUCAUUUGUUCAUCUUGUAACCUCGUGAUCUCAUUCUAGAAAACUGUAACAUCUUUUUAACUUGCGCCAGUAUAUGUUUACAUGUUAAAUCGAAUAUCACAUUGAUAUUUUUUAUUUUUUUGUUCACUGGAUUAGUUAUGCUCGAACUCAUCAUCAUUUCAUAUGUUGAUAACAUAUGUUUUUGGCUUAAAUUCUGAUGCAAGUCACUUGCCAUGUCAGUUAUGUUCCAAAUCCUGUAUUGGUUAUAAUUGACGUUCAACCAAAAGAACUAGGUCUGCCUACCAAGGCGUAUUGUGCUGUUGAAGAGGUUAAGGAGGUAAUUUUCGCUGCACUAAUGUAAUUUGUAGUUGUCACCAGAGUAUUAGCUAACAUGUGAACACUUGCUACAGAAUGCCACACAGAAAAGCCAGAAGGUGUUUGUUCAUGUUCCAUCUGAAAUUGCUGCUCAUGAAGUUGAAGAGAUUGGUAAAUGCCUCUUACCCACUAUAUGUUGUCUCCAAGGCUUUUGUCUAGGCAUGAAAGGCGGCCCAGAUGUCUAAGGUGUUCAGGGCGCCUAGGCAAGCCGCACCGGUCGUUAUGAAUACAAAUCUAUGGGACUAGCGGAUUGCAGAAAAAUCAUAUUUAAUUCACGUAUUUUCAAUAUCCGUAUAUUUUUAAAUAAAUCUUUCCACUGCUAGCUUGUUCACCUGGUUGCCUAAGUCUAAGGUGAUGAUGGACUAUGGUGUUUGUCAAAUCCACUCUUCAAAUACCCUUUAUGACACCUUUUCUUUUUUCUUUAUUCCUUUUUUAUGAUGGUUGUAAAGAAAUCAUUUUUUUUUCUGAUGUAGUCUUUUUUUAUCUUCUUUAUUUCCUGCUUUAUUUUUCUCCUUUGUAUGUAGGUGUGGAACAUUUGCUUAGAGAUGUGAAGGACACAACGAUCAGUACUCUUGCAACAGAGGUCGUUUCUCUAUUUCUAUUCCUUUUUUUUAAUGUUUUAUGCUCAUUUCAGAAACGUUAUUGGUGUCUCGAUGAAUCAUAGAAACUUACAGAUUGCUUGAUCUAGGUUACUGGAAAACUCGCAGCAUUGAAGGGUUUGGACGCCCGACUCCGUGACAUACGCGGUUAUUUGGAUCUAGUAAUUGAUGGGAAGCUUCCUCUGAAUCAUGAGAUUUUGUAUCAUUUACAGGUUAGACACCCCAUCUAUUUCUUUAUACUCUGGAAUUCUAUGGUGCUAAUUAUGCAUCCUCCGAAAGGGUGACCUUCUUCCGGUGUGAAUUUGGGAAAAAGAGGAAUACCCUGGAAAACGUGGCCAUAAUCAAACCUUGUGUUUUGUUUACUCACGUAGGACAGAGUUCGACAAGGGUGCAAAAACUAAAAUUGAAGAUCUACUCAAUUUUAUUGCACCCAUGCAGAACAGUCUCUGAGGUAUCACCUCUUUUGCCGAUGUGAACCCUGUUUUGGUAGUAGUGAGUGGCACAGUUUUAGUUAGUUGGAUGAGAAACGAAUCUGGAUUAGAAACCAAAGAAAUACCUCAAGAAUUCCACCCUUUAAGUUUGGGAUCCUGAUGUCUUAUUUGAACAAGAGAUGCAUUUUGUGUGGGCAUAAGAAAGAGGACGGGAGAAUUGUCGAGACAAGGUGCUCAUGAUGGGAAGCUCCUUCCCUUCUUCCCAAGAUGCCUGGACACAUAGGUCUCCUGUCAAAGUUCAACAGGACAACACAAGCAUACCUCCAUGCCGGUCAGUUUCUGUCAUAGGUCUUGCCUCAUCUUGACGGGGGACCUUGACGUAUCCUUCGCGGCUGAAGUGUUCUAGACCAGAGAAAAAUUAUGGUGCUGUGAGUUAUUUGGGCAAGCAUCAACGUUUCUUCUGGUGUGGAGGAUCAGAUAAGCCUACUCGUGCUCCCUGAGGAAAGAAGCCGGGACAGGUCUCAGUUAAACGUAAGUAUCCCGAAGGUGGAUGCUGUAGGGGACGCCUUUCCAGCAAUCCUCUUACCGUGGUGGCCAGUUCGUUUCAGAAUUUGGGUGUCUAGUCGGGUUGAGGUAGACGCACGAUUCUCUGCAGGCCGGGUUUUGCCAUCCAUGUCUGGUGUGAGAUGUUCUUGUUCAUAUAUCCAUUGCUCGCAUAAUUAUUCUGAACGCUCUCGUGUCCGGCGAUCUGCUCGCAGGACGUGUUUAACCUGCUCCCCAACCUGAACGUGAACGAGCUGAUAAAGGCUUUUGCAGGUGCGCGUCCGUUGCCUGAAGUUCUGUUCUUUUAACGGAGUCACUCCGUUGGAAGCGUUGCUGCUAAUCAAUUAAUUCCCCCCACGCACCUGCCUUGCAGUGAAAACGAACGACAUGAUGUUGGUGAUCUACCUCUCGUCCCUCAUCCGAAGCGUCAUCGCCCUUCACAACUUGAUAAACAACAAGGUAAAGGGGACUCGCUCGCUCCCUCCAUCCCUCCCUCCCCUUAGAAAGAAAGAAGAUCAUCGCCUUCAUCAGUGAAUGGUCUCCGAGAGCAACACAGCUCAUAGCCCCCUUUCUCUCUCCUAAUCCUUUGGUUGGGUUUUAGGCUUUCGUGUUGCAAACGAACUCGUCUCACAGUCUUCUUCUGCGGUUGCUUCUUCGUUUGAGAUCUAAUCGUGCUAUGUUAUUUACCUGCAGAUGCUAAACAAGGAGCACGAGAAUGCCGAGGAUGCGCAGCCGAUCGCCAUAGGAAGCUAG